CAGAGCUGGUGUCAUGGCGGCCGGCGUCGAGUUGGCAGGAGUUGCCCACGGAACUGGGGGAAGUCACUAAAGCAGAAGCCGGGGGCCCUCGCCGGAUGCCAAGGAGUUGUGAGGAUGAGCAGAGGCUCCGCGGGCGCGGCAGUGUCACUGGAGGCGGCCCCUUGGUGAAGUCCGGGCCAGGCCUCUGCAUUUCCAGCUGUGGGUGCCGUUGGUGGGCGACCCCUCACAGCCGGCGUGGCUCAGGACCCGUCGCUAGGUGAUCGAAUCUCGAGGGUUCUGAUUCGGACGGAACUCGGGAAGACACCGGCGCGAGGACACUCGGCGGGGGUCGUCGGAGCAGGCCGGACGCUGUCGUGGGAGUGGACUGGGUGCUGCUCGGAGCCGCCGCGAUGUCGUCCUGGCUGGGCGGCCUCGGCUCCGGCUUGGGCCAGUCCCUGGGUCAAGUGGGGGGCAGCCUGGCUUCCCUCACUGGCCAGAUCUCAAACUUCACCAAGGAUAUGCUGCUAGAGGGCACGGAGGAAGCGCAAGCCGCGGUCCCUCACGUUAGGAGAGAGGACAUCGAAGCCAUUCACGCAAUCUUACGAUCAGAGGUAGAAAUCAGCCAUCUGAAAGCAAGGCAGAUUGCACUGCAGGACCAGGUACAGAAACUGCAGUCGGCCGCCCAGUUGGCACCUGCAGGCGUUGCCGGGGGACCUUCAACUAUCACGUCGCCUGCCUUUGCUUACGAUGUCAGCCAUCAUCCCUCGGCUUUCCAUGGCGAUGACAUGGACUUCGGCGACGUAAUUUCAUCCCAACAGGAAAUAAACAGAUUGUCUAAUGAAGUCUCCAGACUGGAAUCGGAAGUUGGCCACUGGAGACGGAUUGCUCAGACAACGAAAGCACAAGGAGCAAAUAGCUCUGAUCAAAGCGAAAUCUGCAAACUGCAGAACAUCAUCCAGGAACUUAAACAGAGCCAAAGCCAGGCUCUUGAUGUCCAUCAGCAUGAGAUGUCAGUGCUGCAGAAUGCACAUCAACAGAAACUGACAGAAAUAACUCGUCGGCAUCGAGAGGAAUUGAGCGAUUAUGAAGAACGGAUCGAAGAGCUGGAACAUCUGUUGCAGCCAGACGGCUCCGGAGUUGGAGUAACCGAUCACUCUAAAGUUCAUGAGUUGCAGAAGACAAUUCAGGCUCUACAAACCGAAAAAGUAGAGUCCACCCAAAAAGUGGAGGAACUUGCGAAUAGCGUGAAAGACAUAAGCCAAAAGUUGUCGUCUGCGGAAAAUGACCGAGAUGCUUUGAGGCAAGAGCAAGAGCUGUUGAGUGUGGAAAAGAGGCGAAUAAUGGAAGAGUGCGAACGCUUAAAACGGGAGUGUGGUAAACUGCAGUCUUCUGUGACGGAGCAGAGUGACACGGGCGCAGGAAAGGAAAGGACCGCCCCCCAGAGUUCCUCAGUGGAAGAAGAUGUGCUCCGACUGCGGCAAGCACUGUCUGAUGCUGAAAGUGAAAUAGUGAGACUGAGAAGUUUAAACCAGGACACCAGCCCCACAGAAGACCAUGUGGCACUUCAGAAGCAUGUCCAAGCUUUGCAGAAGGAGAAUUCAUUCUUGAGUCAAGAAAAGGAAGAACUUCAAAUAUCACUUUUAAAACUGAAUAAUGACUAUGAAGAAAUUACAAGUACAGUUACAAGAAACAAGAGUUUGGAUUCAGAGCUAAAUGAUUUAAGACAUAAUUUGGAGGCGAAGGAACAAGAACUCAACCAGAGUCUUACUGAGAAGGAAAUCCUGAUGGCUGAAUUAGAGGAAUUGGACAAACAGAACCAGGAAGCUACAAAGCACAUGAUUUUGAUGAAAGAUCAACUCUCCAAACAGCAAAAUGAGGGGGAUCACAUGAUCAGUAAACUAAAGCAAGAUAUAGAUGCUGCAAAAGAGAAGGUUCAUCGCCUUGAAGAUGAUAAAGUGCACAUCACAAAAGAGUUAAACCUGCAAAAAGAGAAGUGCACUAAAAGUGAGCUGGCCCUGCAUGAUUUACAUGGAGCCAAACAGAAGCUUCAGGAUCAAGUUGAAGAUCUGGUAGAUCAACUCAGUAAGCUGCAAAGAGAUCAUUUCAACACCCAGGAGGAGAACGCAGAACUUAGGGAACAGAUAGGACUGAAUGAGAAGGAGCUUUCUAGAGUGAGAAGUGAGUUAACUCAGCCCCAUGGUCAGGACUCGGACAGCGACGUUAAGGAUGAUGUAGCCAAAGAAAGGGAAGCUGAAGUUAGACACCUAAAGCAACAUCUUUCAGAAGUGGAGCAGAUCAAUGAACAUUUAGAGAAAGCUGCUUUUGAUCUCAAGAUGGAAAAUGAAAAGUUGGUUGUGGCGUGUGAAGAUGUCAGACACCAGUUGGAGGAAUCUCUUGCCGGAAAGAGUCAGGUUUCUCUGGAGAAAGACAGUAUUGUUGAGGCUCUAAGGGCGGAAAAACGACAGUUAGAAGCAGAGCUGUGUCAGGCUAAAGAGAGGUUGUUGGAACAAGCAGGCAGGUAUGAGCGAGCCAUGGAGGUGUCAGCCGCUCAUGACCAGGACAGUGCCGUGCUCCGGCGGGAUCAGGAGCACUUACUCCAACGCAGCCGGGAGAAAGACGCCGAGGUUGCGGAACUGAAAAGGAGCAUGGAAGAGCUGAAUGCGAAGCAUCAGGAAACGCGGGCCCUCCUGGCAUCUAGUGCACAAGAACGGCAGCAGCUGACCCAGCUUGUAAAGGAGAAAGCCCUGUUGAUCGAGACGCUUGAGGGAAGAGGUUCGGCACUUCAGGGGGAAUUAGAUAAGUAUGCUCAGGCCUUAAGGAAGAGCGAGAGCUCAAGACAGGCCAUGGAGGAAAGAGACAGAAGCCUGGCCUCCAUGAAGGAAGAGAACAAUCACCUGCAGGAAGAACUGGAGCGGCUCCGGGAGCAGCAGAGCCGAGCCACCCCCGUGGCCGAGCAGAGGACACUGGAUGCGCUCGCCGAGCUGGAGUCGGAGGUGUCCCGGCUAAAUGUCCUCAAGGACAGCCUGGAGGGGGAAAUAAAACACUAUCAAAAGAUGGUCGACGAUCACACCCAGAGUGAGAUACGGCUACUUCAGUCUUUACAAGAGCAGAAGAAGGAAAUGGACGAGUUUAAGUCCCAGCACGAGCACAUGAGCGUCGCCCACACGCAGCUCUUCAGAGAGAAGGAGGAGGAGAUCCGGGCCUUGCACAAGACAAUUGAGCAGAUCAAAAGUCGGCUGCACGGAGACAGGCAGGACCCUGGGACAGAGAACGCGGACAUUUUCCAUGAAACCAAAGUCCAGACCCUCCAUCUGGAAAACGGGAGUGAAAAGCACGACUUGUCUAAGGCUGAGACUGAAAGAUUAGUGAAAGGCCUCAAAGAGCGGGAGCUGGAGAUACAACUUCUAAAUGAAAAGAACGUCUCACUGACCAGGCAGAUUGACCAGCUGUCCAAAGACGAGGUGGGGAGACUGACCCAGAUUAUCCAGCAGAAAGAUUCCGAGAUACAGGCUCUCCACACUAGGAUGGCCUCGGCUGCCUGCACGCAGGAUGCCCUGUACCUUCAGCAGCAGCUGCAGGCCUGCGCAAUGGAGCGAGAACAGAUGGUAGCCGUGCUGAAUGAGAAGACCAGGGAAAACAGCCGUCUGAAAACAGAGUACCACAGACUGAUGGACAUCGUGGCGGCCAAAGAAGCAGCUCUCGUUAACCUGCAAGGCGAGAACCAGAAACUGUCCAUCCGACUGGAAAGCAGCAGCAGCCAGGAGAUGUUCAAAGAAACGGUUCAGAAUCUCUCGCGGAUCAUUCGCGAGAAAGACAUCGAAAUAGACGCGCUCAGUCAGAAGUGCCAGACGCUGCUGACAGUUCUGCAGACGUCCAGCGCCGACGACGCGCUCGGCAGUGUCAACAGCAACCAGUUUGAGGAGCUCCUGCAGGAGCGCGAUAAACUGAAGCAGCAGGUGAAGAAGAUGGAGGAGUGGAAGCAGCAGGUGAUGACCACGGUGCAAAACAUGCAGCACGAAUCGGCCCAGCUCCAGGAGGAACUCCACAAACUCCAGGCACAGGUGUCGGUGGACAGUGACCAUAACUCCAAGCUGCAGGUAGACUACGCUGGCCUGAUCCAAAGUUACGAGCAGAGCGAAACCAAGCUCCGAAAUUUCGGUCAGGAGUUGGCCCAGGUUCAGCACAGCAUCGGGCAGCUCUGCAGCACCAAAGACCUUCUCUUAGGAAAACUAGACGUCAUCUCGCCCCAGCUCACCGCCGCCGGGCCUUCCGCGGCUCCCCAGCUAGCAGAUCUUCCGAGGGCACGCAAGCCCGAGCAGCCGAGCGAGCCUUCUCAGUUGCUCCACCGAGAGCUGGAAGAGCUAAGGAAAUUGCUGCAGGAGAAGGAUGCCACCAUUCGGACGCUGCAGGAAAACAACCACAGGCUGUCGGAUUCCAUGGCGGCCACCUCUGAGCUGGGGCGCCUUGAACAGGAGCAGACAGGCUCGGAGAUGAAGCAGAUCAAGGAGAAGCAAGAUGUCCUGCAGAAGCUGCUGAAGGAGAAAGACCUCUUAAUCAAGGCCCAGAGCGACCAGUUACUCUCGCUAAAGGAGAACUUCGCGAGCAAGGCCAGCGAGAACGAAGUGCUGCGGCAGGCGGUCACCAACCUGAAGGAGAGAAUGCUAAUCUUAGAAAUGGACCUCCGGAAGCUGAAGGAGGAGAACGACCGUGUGGCCGAGGCGGCCCGAGGAAAGGAGACGGAAUACCAGGCACUGCAGGAGACCAACACGAAGUUUUCCAUGAUGCUGCGGGAAAAGGAAUUCGAGAGCCACACGAUGAAGGAGAAGGCACUGGCUUUGGAACAGCUGCUGAAAGAAAAAGAGCAGGGCAAGACAGGGGAAUUAAAUCAGCUUUUGAAUGCAGUGAAGUCAGUGCAGGAGAAGACGGUCCUGUUUCAGCAGGAGCGAGACCAAGUCAUGCUGGCCCUGAAGCAGAAGCAGAUGGAGAACAGUGUGCUGCAGAACGAGCCAGCUGUGUAUCAGUACAUGUGCAGUCAGAUUGCUGCAGGAGCGGUUUAUGGCUCCAUUGGCCAUCAAGCCAGUGUGCAGGUGGAGUCUCUGCAGGAGCAGCUGAACAUGGUCUCCAAGCAGAGGGAUGAAGUGGCCCUGCAGCUCUCUGUCUCCCAGGAGCAAGUGAAGCAGUACGCUCUGUCCCUGGCCAACCUGCAGAUGGUGCUUGAGCAUUUCCAGCAAGAGGAGAAAGCUAUGUACUCUGUGGAGCUCGAGAAGCAGAAGCAGCUUGUCACCGAGUGGAAGAAAAAGGCAGAGAAGGUGGAAGGAAAACUGGUCACAUUACAGGAACGUUUGGAUGAAGCAAAUGCUGCACUGGAUUCCGCAUCAAGGCUCACAGAACAGUUGGAUCUAAAGGAAGAGCAAAUUGAAGAACUUAAAAAACAAAAUGAGCUCCGAAAGGAAAUGUUGGAUGAUGUACAAAAGAAAUUGAUGGACCUAGUAAAUAGCACGGAAGGAAAAGUGGAUAAAGUUCUGAUGAGAAACCUCUUCAUUGGACAUUUUCACACUCCGAAAAAUAAGCGUCGUGAAGUGUUACGAUUGAUGGGAAGCAUCUUGGGAAUCAAAAGGGAGGAGAUGGAGCAGUUGCUUGAUGAAGACCAAGGCGGUGUAACCAGGUGGAUGACUGGAUGGCUUGGAGGAGGAUCAAAAAGUGUUCCCAACACACCUCUGAGACCCCACCAGCGGUCUCUGUUGAACAGCUCUUUUUCAGAACUUUUUGUUAAAUUUCUAGAAACAGAAUCUCAUCCAUCUAUUCCACCACCAAAGCUUUCUGUUCAUGAUAUGAAACCUCUAGAUUCACCAGGAAGGCGAAAACUAGCUACAAAUGAACCAGAAAAUUUUAAAGGCUCAGCAGGAGCCAGAGCCGGCAGAGGGGCCGACGCGAGUCCCUUCAUCGCUCCACGCUCGGCAGCUGUGCCUCUGGUGAACCCCACUGCACUCGGACCCGGGGGGCCGGGGCAUCUUCUUUUGAAGCCCAUCUCAGAUGUCCUGCCUACUUUCACACCCUUGCCAGUGUCCCUGGACAACAGCGCUGGUGUUGUACUGAAAGACCUUUUAAAGCAAUAGCUGAUCCUCCCAUCAGAGACGACCGAGCACUUUAAAGAAAUCGUGAACACUACGUGGAUGUACUCUAUCACAAAGUGGCCUUUGGAGAAGAGCCGUGUCUUUGUCACGGUGCGGCCCUCUACGGUUCAUGGAAGGACUCUUCCUGCUUACAAGGAAUGGCGGGUGAGGAGGAGCACGUGUGCCAUAGCGUCUGCCCUCCUCCUCUACCUUGACCCUCGUUUCAGCUGGACAUAUCUGAUUUACAAAAAAGUAAUAAAAAGAAAGACAAAAAUGGGAGUAGCUAUAAAUCAACUGUUUUAUUUCCUCCUAGGAUUGUAUCAGCUCCUCUAAGCCAGACACAUUUGGUUUUAGCUUUUUUUUUAAAAAAAAAAAAAGGUCACUUCUAGUGACCUCUUUGCUUCGUACAGAGAGUUUUUCCAGAGCAUAUGUUAGUCACCUGACAGAGCUUGGUGUGGACAGGUCAAGAUGAAGUUCUUCCUGGGAGGUCAGAGAUGGAGGCGCAGGGGGCUUUGAUCCUCGGUUCUGUACAAGUUGAAUAUGUGGAGAAUCUCGUGAUCAAACUACAGGGCAGCGCCCACCAAGAUGACCCACCCUCCGUGUGCAUCUCUCGAAUGCCGUCGCUUCAAGGCUCCUGCAGAAAGGGAGCCCUGAAGUACGAGGCCUUCUGAGAGGGGCUGUUUUCACACCGCAUCAUUCCACUGGGGGUGAUCCACACCGUGUCAGGCUGGCUUCUCAUUGGGGAGUGCACAGUGUCAGGCCGCGUGAGGAGCUAGGGUACCUUUGGAGGCUUUCCUCCUUACAGGGAACGGCUGCCUCCCAUGAACACGCGCCACCUCCAGAUAGUGUGAACUGCCCCAUGCUGAGUCUGUCUGCAGUGCUGGCACCCGAGGGUGUCCAGAGACCCCAACACCAGGUGUUUGGCACCUGUGAAAAGGAGAGUGUUUUCAUUUUAGAGAAGCCCGUCAAACGCCCGGAUUUGCAACUUCAGUGUACCCAAGUGUUUGUGUCUGUGUUAGUUGAUGAGUUGUGUGUUUGAAAAGACGUUUGCUGGGGCCUUCACACCCGGCAGUGUGUCUAGAAGAGCAGUAUUUUGUAUAGCGAGGAAAGGUGCAAACCACCUGAAUCCGCUUGUGUAAAGAAGCCUGGGGCUGGCCAGGCAGAGUGUGGUUAGAUGUGAACCGCGUCCCGAGGAACUCUGGGCGUUUCAUACUGUGUCGGGCACACGGGAAGGCUUUAAAGAUAUGCCCAUCGGUGGCCCUCGGUGUCCUGAGAAAUUACGUCACUGAGACAUACUGGCCCCAAAUACCACCUGUCUCCUUAAGUGGCUUACAGACAGUGCUGUUCUUGAUGGUCCUCCCCUUGACAGGAAGUUACCAUUCCAGGUCCACAUUAGAACCGCCAAAGCUGCCUCCCGCGGUUCUCCCCGUCGCUGCUGUCCCUCUGGGGGUGAUCGGCUCUUUGCCAAGAUGCUUCCUGUCACAUCUUCCGUUCUCUCUGAAGCCGUGGAAACACCCGUUCCUGGUUUGGGAAAAAUGACAGCCAUAGAAGUUCGGUUCUCUCCUGUCAUGUGAAAAGGAGAUGUGUGGUGGGGAUCUAAGUAGCAUACCUUCAUAGUUGAAAUGACUUUCAUGACAUUUUGGAUGUUUUCUUCCCUGCCCACGAUGCCCUGUGGCCCCUGGCCCCAUAGUUUUCACAGAUGCUUGAACGCUAUUGUGCAUGGAUGACAGACCCGCACCCCACUGUGCAUGGCCCUCCAGGGCUGCAGUCUAUGCGCCGUGGCCUUGGCACAUCGCUGCUGGCCUUCAUGCCCCCCACUGACUGAUAGCACACUGAGUGUGUGCAGAUUUAAACCAGACAACUCAUCGGCUUCUCUGAAGCUGAGUUGGACCAGAGACGAGCCAUCUGCUCAAGGAAGCUUCUCAGCAGCCCUGCAGUGAAGCGGGCGGCUGCUCGUUCUGCUGGCAGCAGGAGGGGCUUGCUAGCGUCCCCUGCUCCAUCACAUUCCCUGCAGGGAUGGUGCUGCUUGCUUCUUGCUGCAUGCACCUACUGAACGUGUGGUUGACUGCUGCCUUCGCCUCAUCGGGCUUUCUCAACAUUCCCGGUGGUUUGCAACCUCUCCGCCCAGUAGGAAACUCCUCCAGUCUUGGAUUUGGAUGUGGAGCUGAUCCUGUAUCACGUGUGGUUUUGACUUUCCGUUCCUGCCAGCGUUGAUUAGAAAGAGAAGGGCAAAGUGAAGAGGGAAACUAGGAGAAGGGGUGUGGCUUCCUAGCCCCUUAAACCAGUGCCCCCCCAGUGAGGCUCCCAGGUUACUUUAACGUUUUCAGGGUCAAAAGAGACUCACCAAAAUACUUCCCAACUCGGUGGGUAGAGAACAGCCCCCGAAACAACUGCCCCAGGGGCAGGAGCACGCUGAGCGUUGUCCUCAGCUAGAGCGCUCCCAAGCACCCCACUCGGAUCUCACCACUGGAUCUCACCACUGGAGCCGGUUCCCAAGGCCUUCCCCUCACCCAGCAAGUCCUCUGUCUUAAAUGUCAAGUAAGUGUAGGUGGUAUUUAUUUCAUAUAUUCCUAUGGGAAAAAAUAAUGGUACAUUUCAUGUUCUGACAUUUGCGAUCACUUGUCAGUCUUUAACUUAUUAAAGUUGAUCAACGGUUUUGUUGAUUUUUAGGGAAGACUGGAUAAUGGAGAAUGUAGGCACAAACCGUGAUGUGAGUUUGUGUUUGUGUUGAAUAGCACUAACGUCCAUGCAUUUCUGAAUUUCUCAGGAGCACUGCAAGGAAGAAAAAAAAAAACUCCAAAUAAAAAUGAUCUAUGUAAAUUGGCAAUGUCUUUAUCUACAAUAAAAUUUCCUUUUUAUUUUUC